AUGAGUAAUAGAUCGAGUGGUUGUUCCAUGAGUAAUAGGUCGAGUGGUUGUUCCAUGAGUAAUAGGUCGAGUGGUUGUUCCAUGAGUAAUAGGUCGAGUGGUUGUACCAUGAGUAAUAGGUCGAGUGGUUGUACCAUGAGUAAUAGGCCGAGUGGUUGUACCAUGAGUAAUAGGUCGAGUGGUUGUACCAUGAGUAAUAGGUCGAGUGGUUGUACCAUGAGUAAUAGGUCGAGUG